CCGCCUUGAGUUCUGAGAGUAUGUCAAUAGGUUUAGAAGCCAAUAGUACAAGCCAGGAUCAUAAACUCCAUCAUGCAACAAAACCAUUAGAGAUACUCCGCAAUAUGCAUUUGAGAUGCACUUUAAGAAAACAGAGAUUCCAGGAUGUGCGGUCCCGGUAUCGCAGUGACCGUGACAUGUUGCACCGCCUCUUUGUAUGCAUUGCUGGUGUUGCUGACCAGCUACAGACCAAUUUUGCAAGUGACUUGCGUGUCAUUUUGAAAACUGUGUUUGACGCUGUGAGUUCCAGGCAACAGCAGGACACAGAAAGAACAGCUGAAGAUGCUUCACGUUUGCCA